UCGGUGUCGCUUUCUUACGCAUCUUUGAACUGUAUAAAUGUUUUAAAAUUGUUUGAUCCAGAAUGUACCACACCGGACAAUCAAGAAGGCAGGUGCCUUGACUACAGAAAAUGUAAACCUCUGCAAGAAAUAUGGCAGAUACAGUACCGUACAGACACCGAUUUUUAUAGACGAUCAGUGUGCAGAUACCAGGUCAAUGUUACGAUCGUUUGCUGUCCGAACGAUCCAAACAAAGAGAAGAGAGAAAUUUUAAUAAAAACUGUGUAUAAGUAUAAGGCUUUGCGACCACCAUACUGUGGUUUUAGCAACGUCUCUCAUACCAGGGUAGUCGAUGGUAAACCAGCUGAACUUGGCGCUUGGCCAUGGAUCGCUGCAUUAGGUUUUUGUAAUCCCCGAAACCCAGACAAACCACUAUGGAAGUGCGGAGGUUCCCUGAUAUCGGCUAGGCAUGUUUUGACCGCAGCACAUUGUGCACAUAUGGAUGGAAUAGAAAACAUACACAAUCAUAAUAUUGCCAUUCUUAGAUUGGUGGAGGAGGUGCCAUUUUCGAGGUACAUAUAUCCCAUUUGUACGAAAGAGCCCCUACGAAAGAGCAACUUCGUCGGCUAUAACCCCCUUGUUGCUGGAUGGGGAGCAUUAAGAUAUAGACGACCACGACGUAAUGCAUUAAUGGAAGUACAAAUACCAGUGAUUAAGAACGCCGAAUGCAAAAUAGCUUAUUCCAAAUUUCCUAAUGCACCUGAUAUCACUGAUGGUAUAAUAUGCGCCGAACAUGCUCAGGGUGGAGAGGAUUCUUGUACGGCUGUUAAUCUAGAGGCUGGAGUACAAAGAAGUGGCACAAUGAUGUGGGCUGAUGACAUUUAUAAUUAUCAAGGAAUCACCCCUACAUUCGCUCAGAAUUUUAAUGAAACUGUCCCUUGGGAAGGAAGAACUGAUACCUUGAUAUCACGGUUUGUACAUCCUAUAUAUACGACAAAUUUUAGAACAUUAUAUAACGAAGAACCAGAUCGUCGUGGCCAUGUGAUGUGAAUAAAAGGACUUGAAUUUGAUGAUAUUUUUAUAAUGUUAGAUAACAUAACUAAGUAUCUUCACAGUAAGAUAGGAUGACAUGGUUUACAUGAUCUUAAUGUUGUUCACUUGAGUGAUGAUAUUAUAAGGAAAAGUGUAAUAUCACAGGAUAUUUAUGUUUAGUAACCAGUAAUUCAGAGAUUGGUAUUCAUGGUUACUAUAACGAGGCUGUAGAAACGCACCCUUUCUUCUUUGCAAAUGGUCCUGUAUUUAUGUCUAAGCCGAAACUGGAACCUCUGAAUAAUUUAGAUUUAUUCUUGUUAUUUUCUAAAAUACUUAUCUACAGUAUACCAUAAGGAAUGAUACCGUAUCGCACCUAAUCAAGUGCCUUAAGAAACAUCAACAGGAUAUCACAGUAAUCCCUUAUCGACAGAUAUUUGUAGCCACUACAAUAUCUAUGACACUGGUAGUAAUUAUAAGAACAAUAAUGAUGUUCUAUAAGAGGAAAUGAUGAUUAGGAACAAAAACUUACAGAAGAUAUCAUGCGGUGGAUGGAUAAUAUGCAAAAAAUAUUAAGCAGUAUAUGAAUUUUCAUAUUGCGUAGAGAUAACAAAAUGAAUUUUAAAAAAUGUCGACACGGUAAUAAGAAAUAGCAUCAUGACAAAGAAUAUAUAAAGACAGUUUCAUUUUU